GAUCGAAGAUCGUCUGCUCAGUUCUGGCUGCGGGAGCUGCCCUCGUUCUCGCGAGGCUUCAUUCCUGGCGGCUGAGGACUAAAUUAGAGGGAAGGGCGUGCGCAGCUGGAGCCAGUGGGAGCGUGAGGCCGCGGCACGCAGCGCUCCCAGAAGGCUGUUCGCGCCCCUCGCUUCCUCUAGGAGCUGCCGAGAGAGCGCGUGAGCGUCUGUGUGCAGCCUGGCCAUGGCGCUUCACGUCCCCAAGGCUCCGGGCUUUGCCCAGAUGCUCAAGGAAGGAGCGAAACAUUUUUCAGGAUUAGAAGAGGCUGUCUACAGGAACAUUCAGGCUUGCAAGGAGCUUGCCCAAACCACUCGGACAGCAUAUGGACCAAAUGGAAUGAACAAAAUGGUUAUCAACCACCUGGAGAAGCUGUUUGUAACAAAUGAUGCAGCAACUAUUCUAAGAGAGCUAGAAGUACAACAUCCUGCUGCAAAAAUGAUUGUAAUGGCCUCUCAUAUGCAAGAACAGGAGGUUGGAGACGGCACCAACUUUGUUCUGGUGUUGGCUGGCGCUCUUCUGGAAUUAGCUGAAGAGCUUCUGAGGAUUGGCCUUUCGGUUUCAGAGGUCAUAGAAGGUUAUGAAAUAGGCUGUAGGAAAGCCCUUGAGAUUCUUCCUGAUUUGGUCUGUUGUUCUGCAAAAAACCUCCGGGAUGUUGACGAAGUGUCAUCUCUUCUGCACACCUCCGUCAUGAGCAAACAGUAUGGCAGUGAGGGCUUUCUGGCCAAGCUUAUCGCUCAGGCGUGUGUGUCUAUUUUUCCUGAUUCCGGCCAUUUCAAUGUUGAUAACAUCAGAGUUUGUAAAAUUCUGGGCUCUGGCGUCUAUUCCUCAUCCGUGUUGCAUGGCAUGGUUUUCAAGAAGGAAACGGAAGGUGAUGUAACGUCUGUCAAAGAUGCAAAAAUAGUAGUAUACUCGUGUCCUUUUGAUGGCAUGAUAACAGAAACUAAGGGAACAGUAUUGAUAAAGACAGCUGAAGAAUUGAUGAAUUUUAGUAAGGGAGAAGAAAAUCUCAUGGAUGCACAAGUCAAAGCUAUUGCUGAUACUGGUGCCAAUGUCAUAGUAACAGGUGGCAAAGUGGCAGACAUGGCUCUUCAUUAUGCAAACAAAUACAGUAUCAUGUUGGUGAGACUGAACUCAAAAUGGGAUCUCAGAAGACUGUGUAAAACAGUUGGUGCUACAGCUCUUCCUAGAUUGACUCCACCUGUCCUCAAAGAAAUGGGCCAUUGUCACAGUGUUUAUCUUUCAGAAGUUGGAGACACACAGGUGGUUGUCUUUAAGCAUGAAAAGGAAGAUGGGGCCAUUUCCACCAUAGUACUUCGAGGCUCUACCGACAAUCUCAUGGAUGACAUAGAACGGGCAAUCGAUGAUGGUGUUAAUACUUUCAAAGUUCUCACAAGGGACAGACGUCUUGUACCUGGAGGUGGAGCAACAGAAAUUGAGUUGGCCAAACAGAUCACAUCAUAUGGAGAGACAUGUCCUGGACUUGAACAGUACGCUAUUAAGAAGUUUGCUGAGGCAUUUGAAGCUAUUCCGCGGGCACUGGCAGAAAAUUCUGGUGUUAAGGCCAGUGAAGUAAUUUCUAAACUUUACGCAGUACAUCAAGAAGGAAGUAAAAACGCUGGAUUAGAUAUUGAGGCUGAAGUCCCUGCUGUGAAAGACAUGUUGGAAGCUGGCGUCUUAGAUACCUACCUGGGCAAGUACUGGGCCAUCAAGCUGGCAACCAAUGCUGCCGUCACUGUGCUGAGAGUCGAUCAGAUCAUCAUGGCAAAACCAGCCGGUGGGCCCAAGCCUCCAAGUGGAAAGAAAGACUGGGAUGAAGACCAAAACGAGUGAACAGCUUCAUUUUACUGUAGGUGAAGGUCGUGUUUGUAGUCGUCAAGGAAAUGCCCAAGGGUUUCUUACUCUCCUUGAAUUAAGCGCUUUGUGUUUAUAUUCUCAGUUGGAUGGUACAAUAAAUGUGUUGUUACUAUCA